UCCCUGGAGCGGAAGCGGAAAAUACUAACUUCCUGUGUUUUUCCAGUUGUGAUUUCAAACCAGGAAGAUGGGCCCCGGUUUUGCUAAAUGGAUAAUAACAGUGGCAUUUUGCUGGUUCAUUCAAAUUGCAAGCGGUAACUCUGUGGAACAGAAGAUCUAUGUAGAGUUGAAUAACACGGUGCCAUGCGUUCGCCUGCUCAACGCGACACAUCAGAUGGGCUGCCAGUCCUCCAUAUCAGGAAACACUGGAGUUCUCCAUUUGUUGGAGACUGAUUCAGAUCUGGAUAUAAUACUGAAUAACGGCCUUCAUGCACCCUACAUGGUACUCAUGGAUGCUUCAUUCUUCAACAGCGCCGUCAUGAUGCGGAUGAAGAACUCCACCCGAGUGGCGGGAGUUGCCGUGGUGAUCCCCAACUCCAGCCCUGUUCAGGGAUUCUCCCCUCACAACAAGUGCCCCAAUCAGUACACAGGCGUAUACUCGGACACCUAUGGUCCUCGGCUGGCAGACUGUAAUGGAACAGUGUGGAAUCCUCUGGGCAAUGGACUGUCUUUUGAGGACUUCAAAUUCCCCAUAUUCUCCAUGAACGACGACAACCAGACUGCAGUCAUCCGCAAGUGUAUUUCGGAGCAUAAUAUGGGGGUGAAUGGGAGUGCGCCAGCGUACCCCCUGUGUGCCCUGCAGCUCUUCUCCCACAUGCACGCCGUCACCAGCACCGCCACCUGCAUGAGACGCAACGACAUCCAGAACAACUACAGCCUCAACCCAGAGACUGUCUGUGAUCCACUGGGGGAUUUUAAUGUUUGGGCUCCUCUCCAUCCAAUCAAUACCACAGCGAAGGGACAUAAGGCCAAUGAGAGCGUGGUUGUCGCAGCAACCAGGAUGGAUGGCAGAACAUUCUUCUGGGAUGUUGCCACGGGUGCUGAGGGGACCGUGGCCGGAAUCGUUGCCCUCUUGGCCGCAUCUCAAGCUCUCAAAACUACGGCUGAACAAGCCCCACCACCUCGGAACAUCCUCUUCACCUUCUUUCAAGGGGAGACCUUUGACUACAUUGGGAGCUCCAAAAUGGUGUAUGACAUGGACAACAAUAAUUUUGUAAUCGAUAUGGAAAAUGUGCACUCAGUCCUGGAAAUCGGACAGGUUGGCCUGCGGAGAGGUUCAGAACUGUGGAUGCACACUGACCCAGUCUCCCGGAGGAAUAACAUCAGCGUCAAUCAAGAGGUGGGGAAUAUUUUGAAAGGCAUGACUUCUGCUGGUGCAGAGCUUGGUCUCUCCUUGGCUGAGCCCACUGCCACUCAGGCCCUCCCACCCUCCUCCUUCCAGCGCUUCCUCCUGUCUCGGGCUGUCCCAGGUGUGGUCUUGGCUGACCACCAAUCGGCUUUCAACAACAAGUACUAUGAAAGUGUAUAUGACAAUGCAGACUACCUGAACGUUAGCUAUCCUCCUGACCUCACCCUAGAGGAGCAGCUGGAGUAUGUCACUGACAUCGCUCGGGCAUUGACCAACGUGUCAACACUAGUGGCUCGUUCUUUGUAUCUCCAGGCGGGAGGGGAGGAGUCUCAGCUGGAGAAUAUCAGCGCGGACUCUAAGAUAGUGACCCAGUUGCUGUAUGGUUUUCUGAUCCAGUCUAAUAACAGCUAUUUUAGAUCACUGACCAACCCUGAAGAUAAAUUACUUCUGGAGGCUCGGGCUCCGCAGUACUACGUGGGUGUGCCCAUCUCGGCCAACACCAUUAAGCCUUCCACGAGGAUAGUCCAGUACCUGCUGGCCAACUACCUGGGCAACUCCACCGGCCUCAACCAGUCCAAGUGCCAGGACCCAUCUGGUCUGCCUGAAGAGAGCAAAGAGCUGUACUCCUACCUGUGGGUGCGGGGGGCCAACGGCUCCGAGGCUGCGCCGUUCUGUGUGCGCUCCACGGUGCGCCGGACGCUGGCCAUCUCGCCAGCCUUUGAGCUCAAGCAGUAUGACUCCCGCACCUACUCCACGUGGACUGAGUCCCGCUGGAAGCUCAUCCGCGCCCGCAUCUUCCUGGUGGCCAGCCACGAUCUCGAGAUGCUAACAUUGGGGGUGGGGAUCGCCGUGUUGCUGCUCUCUCUCCUCGUCACCUACUUUCUCAGCACGAAGGCGGAACUUCUAUUUGCCCCCGCCCAGGAAUCAACAGGCAGCGCCUACUAAUAGCUAGGGCUGGGGGCCACUUACACACACAUGGAUAAACACAUACAUACCGUAAAUACACACACACACAUGCACACAUGCACGCACACUUGCACUGAUGAAGGGACAUACUGUACAUGCAUGUAGAAAGGCUACACUGUCUGACACACACACACACACACACACAGAAAACUACCCUCUCACGUAGAAAAACCCACCAGCCACCCCAAAUCACAUUCUCAGAGACUGUUGUAUUGGCCUUGGCCCUUGGGUGGACUGUACUGGUUUAGUAAUGGCAGGCCACACACCAGCUGGCUAAUGGAUGUUCAUACUCUCUCUUUUGCUCAGUUUGUUUGUUUGUUUGUUUUGUUUUGUUUUGUUUUGUUUUUUUUAAAAUCACAGUUGUGGCUCUGUUAAGACCCAUUGGGUCAGGCCCAAAACUUUUGGUUGAUUUUACCAAUUUGACGUAAACAGUGUGAACAGUAGUGAGCUGAUACGGAUGUAUGUAUGCUUGUGUGCACGUGUGUGUGGUAGAGCUUACAGAAUGAAUGUGUGUGUGUGUGUGCGCACGCACGUGCGCGUGCGUGUUGAGUAUGUGCAAAUAGCUUUCUCCACAAGUAGCGUGAUGUUUGAUUAUUGAUCUGUGUAAGAAAAUUAAGUGGAUAACCUUUCAACACAUUCCGCCAUGUUGACUCUGCCUACAGUCCCUCCCCUCCAGAUCUCAGCACAAGUGCUAUUGGGCUUGCUAGUGACUCCAGAUCUCCGCUCAUGUGCUGUUCGGCUUGCGAGUGAGUGACUCUAGAUCUCUGCUCAUGUUCUGUGGGGCUUGCGAGUGACUCUAGAUCUCAGCUCAUAAGCUGUUGGGCUUGCUAGCGACUCAAGAGCGGGUCCAGAGAUGAGAUGAUCCGAAAGAUAAGGCAGGGAGGAGGAAGAUGAGGAAGAGGAAGACAUGUGGGUGCAUGAAGGGAGAUGAGAUCUGUUGCUUUUCUGAUGAAACUGCAACACCAACAGCACUGUAUCUCACUCAGUAAUUUAAUGAAUCCUCUGAAUGUAAGAGAGAUGUGGAAGCAGCAUUAAAAUAAUCUCAUAAAGACGGACAGGAAACGAGAGGAGGCAGGCACUGAGGGAUCAAAUGGCAUGCACAUAGGGCUUUGGGAAACCCCUGUCGGCGGGUGGGAGGGAAUUAAUUAAACACGUUGGUCCGGCUUGCCUGCCCGACUGCGCCACCUGUUCCCUUCUCUCGCUGUAAAUCCAUGGCAGCAUAAGCACUGAGAGCAGCCCUCCGGUUUCGCUUCUCCGGAUUAUUCCGGAAAAGUCUGCCCCACAUCUGGCCCAGUGACCGUGGCCUGACCCCGUCACCCGAAAUCAAGGUUCAUGGUCAAAGGUGAGGGGUGAAAGGUCAGAGUUGAGGAGAGUGGCAGAGGUGAAGGUCGCCAUGACGGAAUGAGCAGUUGCAGUGUUUUAAACUGUCAGUAGGGGGAUAUGGCCCAUUGAGCAGAUGACUUUGGACUGGACUGGACCGGCCCUGGGCUAGAGUAUGGGAGAAUCCGCUCUCAAGUCAGACGCUCUUGUGGAAGUUAGGAAACAACUGAAGAGCAGACAGAAUACCACUACAAUCCUUUCCUGAUUCUACUCUUUGAGAGAGAAGAUUGCUUUUUAUAUGUAUAAAAUCAGUCUCUUAAGAUGGAGAUUUCUUUUUUUUUCAGAACCAAAUGAGAUGGGAUGACUUUUUUUUUCUUUUGAUGAUUUGCUUUUAAGGUGUUUGUGGGGAUGGGAGUGAAGAUGGGUGGGAGCUAAGGGUUAAAUGGGAGAAGAAUACCUGGACAUACAAAUAAAAACUCUUCUUUUCUA